GUACUCUUUCCCGAGGAAGAAAAUCUGGAAGCAUCCACAUGCUCGAAAGCUCGCUCAGCCUUUUCCCCAAUUUUCUUGGCGAUGGCGGUAGCUACCCUCGUUCUCGAUCGGACUUCAAAAUCUUUGGACCCAUUCUCGGAUCAACCAAAACCGUCCGUUCCAGCUUCACGGCUAAGCUCUCAAUCACAUCACAACCAGCGGCCACCACCUCCGCCCCCUCCUCCACCGCAACCGUCACCGUCAUUAUCAACUUUUUGCCUAUUUUCCAAGUCUCCGUAGCAUACUCCUUUCUCUCGCUCCGGCCAAUCCUAGUCUGUUCGAAAUCCCCCGAUUCUCUCCUCUGCUUCAGAUGAAGUCCGCCAUUCAACUCGAGCCGCCGCCUCACGCCAACCUCCUCCACUUCCACCACCACAAAUUCCCCGCCAGAACCCGCCAGCUCCAUCUCUACCGCCGCCGCCGUCACAAAUCGGCGGCCAGAACGCUCGUGCUCUGCGCCGGCUUGCUGGACCCCUUCCAGAGCUUCCUCACUCAGUUCCCUUCCUCGAAUUCCCUCGACCUUCUCGCUCCCGCCAUCGGCCUCGCCUCCGGUUUGACGCUCUACCUCGCUGGACGGAAGUCCAGGGACAAGUCUCCUGAAGUCGGCGAGUGGAUUCUGUUCACCAGCCCGACGCCGUUUAACAGGUUUGUGAUUCUGCGGUGCCCUUCCGUAUCGUUUGAAGGGAGCGAGUUGCUGGAGGGGGUGAAUGAGAAAUUGGUGGAGCAGGACAGGCAUUUUGUGCGCCUGAACAGCGGGAGAAUUCAAGGGACUUUCGGCGAGGAGGAUGCUGGCAGUGGUGGCUCUCUGGUGGAUAAACUGGAGUACCAGAGAGUUUGUGUGAGUGCGGAGGACGGCGGCGUUGUGUCGAUCGAUUGGCCGUCGAAUUUGGACCUGGAGGAGGAGCGUGGACUGGAUACGACUUUCUUGCUGGUGCCGGGGACACCGGACGGGAGCAUGGAUCCUAGCGUUAGGUCAUUCGUCUGUGAAUCCCUGGGCCGCGGAUUCUUUCCCAUUGUUAUGAAUCCUAGAGGCUGCGCUGGUUCUCCGCUCACCACUGCCAGGUUGUUUUCAGCUGCUGACAGCGAUGAUAUAUCCACAGUUGUACAUUUCAUCACCAAGGCAAGACCAUGGACUACAAUCAUGGCUGUUGGCUGGGGUUAUGGUGCAAGCAUGUUGACAAAAUAUCUGGGAGAAGUCGGGGAUAGAACUCCAAUUACAGCUGCCACUUGUAUUAAUAACCCUUUUGACUUGGAUGAGGCCACAAGGUGCUCUCCUUAUCAUGUCGCUUUGGAUGAGAAGCUCACUGGUGGGCUGGUUGAUAUACUACGGGCUAACAAGGGACUGUUUCAAGGUAAAGCAAAAGGGUUUAAUGUGGAGAAAGCCUUAUUGGCAAAAUCCGUUCGUGAUUUUGAGAAAGCAAUAUCUAUGGUGUCUUAUGGUUUCAAAGAAAUAGAAGAAUUUUAUUCUAAAUCAAGCACUUCAGGUUUGGUCAAGCAUGUGAAGAUUCCUGUGCUCUUUAUCCAGAAUCUAAUAAAUUGCAACUUCACAAAAUAUCAGAAUGAUGGUGCUGUCCCGCCCUUCUCCAUUCCACGCAGUUCAAUCGCAGAAAAUCCUUGUACAAACCUUCUUCUAUGCUCAUGCUCACCGCAUGUGACCAAAGUAAACAACAGAGCAGCUCAGUUAUGGUGCCAAAACCUUACAUUAGAGUGGCUCACAGCCGUGGAGCUCGGACUCUUGAAGGGGCGUCAUCCACUUCUUGAUGAUUUAGAUGUUACCGUCAACCUAUCAACAGGUUUAAGUCGUAGAGAAAGGGCAAUUGUUGACAUUCAUGGAGAGAAUAAAGAACUCUUGGAUCUUACUGUAACUGAUACCAAUGGGUAUGCUGUGAGUCUAUCCAAUCAGCUGCCUGACGGUAGCUCUACCAGUGAUGGGCUUAAUUCAGGAUCAAUACUUCAUUAUGACAAAGAUAUGGAAAUCGAAGAUGGAUUACAGGGAGAAGAAGGCCAGGUUAGACAGAGAACUACUGUAGAAACAGACCUGAUGGAAGAUGAGUCAGCUAUACCUCUGGAUGCUGAAAGAGGCGAAGUGUUACAGACAGCACAGGUAGUAAUGAAAAUGCUGGACACUGCAAUGCCCGGUGCUCUUGCGCAGGAUGAAAGAAAGAAGGUCUUGUCUGCUGUAGGUCGAGGAGAGACACUUUUGAAAGCCUUGGAAGGUGCUGUACCAGAAGAAGUUCGCGGAAAGCUUACUGCAGCUGCAUCAGGAAUUCUGCAAGCUAAUCGUAUGAAGUUAAAGCUUGAUGGGCUGAUGGGUAGUGGUGAAGGUAAGAUACCAGCUCUAUCUUCAGGGUUGAAGUCAACCACACAAGUAGAAGCAAGUUCUGACAGCAUGUCAAAAGACAUUGCUGUAGAUGAGAUGAAUAAGACAAAUAGUGUAACAGAUGAUGUCGGUGACAAUCAAUCGGGGAUUGACCAGUCUGGUGGUGGUCUAGACCCAGAGCUUCUGUCUUCUGAUAAUUUGCAGAAAUCUGUUGACUUAGGUCAGUCUCAAAGUAUGACAAAUCAGCAUGGUGAUAUACAUGGUCCCCCUACAAUGGGAGCAAAUGAAUCUGAAAAUAAUCAUACUAGUGAUGGAGUCACUAGAGAAAAAGCUGCUUUGUUUGCCGAGAGUAAGGAUAAGGGAUUGGAAGCUAGUCUGGAGUCUGUUCCUGAAAAGGCUGGUAGUGUCAAGGAUGCCACUUCCAAUGAUACCAAAUUGCUCCAUGAUGAUGAAUCAUCACCUGAGCCAGAAACGAGAAAGGAUAAUAAUUCUCAUGAAAAGACGACCAUGGAGUCUUCUAGUGAGCAGAGUGAGGUGACACCUUCCAAUAUUAGUGAAGGCGGCAGUCCGUCUGCAGGAGUUCCUGAGCCUCAACAGUCUGGAAAGGAAGGCAUUGAUGAUCAGAAGAGAGAUAGCAUAAGCGAACAGCCUGUACCGAUUCAAAACAAGUCUGCCCUUCCCGAUUCCAAUACCCCCACCUUCAAUGUCGUUCAAGCCCUGGAUGCCUUUGCAGGAAUUGAUGAUUCCACUCAAGUAGCAGUUAACAGUGUCUUUGGUGUGAUUGAAAAUAUGAUUGACCAAUUUCAAGAGGAUCAGGAUAACAAAGAUCAUGCCAAUGAUGGAAAUGAGACUGAAGAUGAAUUUGAUGAUUCUGGUUCUAGUGAACCGCUGAAUGUUGAUCGGCCAUCAGCACAGGCUGGAGCAGGUUACGAUGGUUCAAAGGCGAGACCUAAAAUGGAUACAUUAAUUUCGAGUGGCAACAUUUCUAGUAACUCUGGGAGGGUUGUUAAUAACUACAGAAGCGAGAUUGAAAAGGAACAGUUAUUUGGUAUUAGAAGUACAACUGACUUGGACGAUAGCAAUGUGAGAGAUAUUCCUUUGCGUGUGAACAAACACCUAUAUGAGGACUACCUGCAGAAUGCUCACCUCAACAAAUAUCUUCUAGCUAAGAUGCCAAAAACCAAACCACUGGAUGUUGACCCAACUGCUGCUUUAUUACUUGACUAUUUUCCAGAAGAUGGCCAAUGGAAGCUUUUGGAACAACAUGUGAAUGUUGGACAGUUGAGGAAAACUGCUUCAACUAGUAAUGUUGUUCAACGAAAGGUUAAGGUCCAAUUGAAUGCGGAGGUGAAAAAAGGAGAUGAUUUUAUUGAACCUUCCUAUGUUGUGUUAGAUACUGAGACACGUCAGCAGCCUGUUGGAGAAUAUAAGGUUUUGGACAACCUAAAAAGGAAGGCAGGAGAUGUUAGCGUCAAGACAGAAGAGCUUAUACAUUCUGUGAAGCACAUUAUCCUGGAUGCACUAAAGGUUGAGGUUGGCCGCAAGCUGAGUGUGGCUGACGUGAGAAAAAUGAAGCCUGAUCUUGGAAGUGAUAUUGAACUAGUGGCUGAUGCUGUAUCUUUGUCCGUUGGGCAUGGCAAGGAUCAUAUCUGGAACGUCCAUGAUGAAAACAAUAAGGUCGAUUAUAAUUCAGAAAGGCACGGUGUCCUUCAUGCAGAAAGCAUUGUGAGUGCCAUAUCAUCUUCUGUCUCAGGAACAACCUAUUUAAGAAGACUCUUACCGGUGGGGGUCAUAGUAGGUUGUUGCUUAGCUGCAUUGAAAAAACAUUUUGACGUAGCUACAGGACCUAAUAAUGAUCUGGAACCAUAUGAUCAAAAUGAAAGUUCUCUGGAAAACUGCCAAGAUGAAAUGAAUACUAGUAAGAAGGAUCUAAAGCUUGCAGAUGAUCUUGGAGUUUCUAGUUUGAACCAUACAAGAAGUAGAAAGGGUGAAGAAGCUGUAUUGAAGAACAUAGACAAUGACAGCAUUAUGGUGGGUGCUGUUACCGCUGCCCUUGGAGCUUCAGCUUUUCUAGGACAACAGGAUGACAAUGAAAUUGAGGAAACAUCGGCCAAGUACUUGAAGGAGAGAGUAAGUCCCCAAAUAGCAUCAGAAAAGCUUGAUGGUGAAUUGUCUGAAAAGGAUCAAAACAACAUUGUUGCAAGCUUUGCUGAGAAAGCGAUGUCAGUUGCUGGUCCAGUAGUUCCUACGAAGGAAGAUGGUGGAGUGGAUCAAGAAAGGUUGGUUGCUAUGUUAGCUGAUUUGGGUCAAAAGGGUGGCAUUUUGAGUUUGGUUGGGAAGCUUGCUCUGCUGUGGGGUGGUCUACGUGGAGCUAUGAGCCUGACUGAGAGGCUUAUCUCUUUCUUGCACUUAGCUGACCGGCCCUUACACCAAAGGAUUCUGGGAUUUGUGGGCAUGGCUCUUGUUUUAUGGUCGCCAGUUGUUAUUCCAUUGCUUCCAACACUGGUGCAAAGCUGGACAUCUGGCACUCCAUCCAGAUUUGCGGAGCUUGUUUCAAUUCUUGGCCUCUAUGCUGCUAUUUUGAUGCUUGUUAUCAUUUGGGGCAGAAAGCUACGUGGGCAUGAAUUUCCACUGAAACAAUAUGGGCUGGAUUUGACGACAUUGUCCAAGAUCCAAAGCUUUUUCAAGGCCUUAGCUGGAGGGAUGGCACUUGUUUUACUGAUACAAUCUGUAAAUGUAUAUCUGGGCUGUGUGAGUUUUUCUUGGCCUGCAAGGCACCCGUCUUCUACGAAUCUUGUCGUAGCAUAUCUGAAACUGUACGGCCAAAUGGUUUUGUUUGCCCUACAAGGCAUCCUAUCAGCAGCUGGCGUUGUGCUCGUUGAAGAAUUGUUUUUCAGAUCGUGGCUGCCUGGAGAAAUUGCUUUGGAUCUUGGGUUUCAUCAAGGAAUUGUCAUUUCGGGACUUUUAUAUGCUCUUUCCCAGAGGUAUUGUUUGGUGUCUCCAUUGGCAGUGCCAGCACUGUGGCUUCUAUCUAUGGCCCUGUCAGGGUUACGACAAAGAAGCCAAGGCAGCCUUUCUGUGGUGAUUGGGUUACGUGCUGGGAUAAUGGCUUCAAGCUAUGUUCUUCAGAGAGGUGGAUUCUUGACGUACAAGUACACGUUGCCUUUAUGGGUAGCAGGGACUCAUCCAUUCCAACCUUUUAGCGGGGUGGUCGGUCUUGCAGUCUCUUUGUUAAUGGCAGUGGUUCUAUACCCAAGGCGACAACUGCAUGAGGAAUUAGAGGGGAACUCUUAGACGAAGAAUCAUGUUAUGCUCAUCAAGAAUCCACAGGCCAGUGAUAAGCGUGCAGCGAGAAGGCCAGCAAAAGCUCUGUUUGCAAUCGCAGCUUGCAUUGGAUAUCUCUUGCGCCGCCAUUUUACGUAUUCCACGGUGAAAUCGAAACUGAGGGAUUAUUUACGUUUGCAGCAAAGAACAUGAAGAUGAGGACGGCUGCAAGUAAACGCAAGUCGGCCAAUUUUGCGACGAAACAACUGUGUUUGUAUAUAACUUGUACAGAUGUCUAUAAUGAAUAUGGUAUGUAUAUACUUCACGUCCCUGAUCCUACACCGAUUGGGACGCGCAGAAGAAGAAGAAUUGAGACGACGUUGUUGGCCAUUAAUGAAGACCAUUAUUAAUAAAUGGAGAACAGUCUGCAAUGAACUUCGAGAAAGUGUCUCCUCAAGUUGUAGAUACCAGAGUUUCGCACUCAAAUCUCGUUAAAUCUCGUUAGAAUGCUAGACCAGCCCUUGCUGUUCCGCCUCUCAGGCUUCCUCCGCGACUGAAAGGACCAGGGCUGAAAUGUUCAGUCCAAUUGGCCAAGUUUGGCCUACCCCGAGCAAAUCAGACCGGAUCAAAGAAGAAACAUGGACAGGAUGGAUCAGUUUUAUAAAUUGAUCCUACAAGAACUGGUCAUACAAGGUUAUAACCAGACUACAGAGCGAUCCCCCCUGAGUUUCGGAUACCAUUGGUACAAACGACCAAGUUCUUAGAACUUAAAUAUCUACAACAUAGCCACAGUCGGCCUCUUGGCUCAUCAAGUAACCAUCAACCACCUUCUCGCCGGUUUCUCGCGCACAGACUUAUGCAAUAAUCGGAUAUGAAGCGCAAGUGGCAACACCUGCAGUCAAGAAGACAAUGCCAAACCCAAAAUGAGUCCAUUGGAAGAAGCACCGCAUUGAAUGGAAUAACAGUGCAGUCGUCGUAGUAGGUACAGUAGAG